CGCCCGGCACGCGCCACUCCAACAAGUCCAAUCAUCGCACGACUAAAAGCCGCUCUCCCUCCCCAUCAUUACAACCUAUUCGACCAGACAAAGCGUGUAAAACUACUUCACCCGUCUCGCUGCUGACGGCCGGGGACAGAAAGAAAGACUCCGUCAAGUGACACAGUCAAAGGCCUGGUGUUCAUGGUCAUCACCGCUUUUUAGCUGCUCCAACGCCUUAUCGAGAUGAAACCGAAAGAAGAUCUGAACCCAGUGCUGCUGUGCAUCGUCCACCUCAUGGUGUGGUUCGACAGCGUCUUGACCUUCCUGCUCGACUACUUUUUUACUUCGUUUUCCAGACCCAAAGGUGACGAUUUUGGUUCUGAGCUAGACCGGGAAAGGAUAGUGAAGGCUCGCCCAGUGCUGGGACAACCGGAGGGACCUUACCGUGCAGUGAACGCCGAAAAGAAACUGAAGACAUCGCUGCACCCGGGACUGGACACGUUGGCUAAGGUCUUUGAGGACGCAGUCAGGAGAACCCCGCAGAAAGACUGUCUUGGCACAAGGGAGGUGAUUAGUGAGGAAGAUGAGCGGCAGAGCGACGGAAAAGUAUUCAAGAAGGUGAUUCUUGGCGAGUACCAGUGGCUCUCUUUUGCCGAGACCCUCUCAGCAGCGUCCCGGCUCGGCUGUGGUCUGGUGUCACUGGGGCAGAAGCCGAAGCGCAACAUAGCCAUCUUCUGUGAGACAAGGGCAGAAUGGAUGAUAGCUGCCUUGGCCUGCUUCAUGCAGGGCUUCCCAUUGGUUACCUUCUACUCAACACUUGGAGGUCCGGCCAUCUUUCACGGCCUUAAUGAAACAGAAGUAACCCAUAUCAUCACCAGCAGAAAGCUCCUGGAGACCAAACUCAAGGCUAUUCUACCGAAAGUUUCAAAGCUGCAGUGCAUCAUAGUAGUGGACAACACGCCAACCGCGCUGCUCGGCAAUCCCAGUGGCAUUAGCAUCCACAACAUGGCUGCAGUGCAGAAGCUUGGAGAUAAGAAUGAGAAAUCAGGGUCUGAGCAGUAUCAGCCUCUGCCUUCAGAUAUUGCCGUCAUCAUGUACACCAGUGGAUCCACAGGUACUCCUAAAGGGGCCUUGAUUUCUCAUACCAACAUCAUUGCGGGCAUCACUGGAAUAGCUGAGCGGAUACCUAACCUGAGCGAAGAAGACAGUUACAUUGGCUACCUCCCUCUGGCCCAUGUACUGGAGUUGAUUGCAGAGCUCGUGUGCCUUUCUCACGGCUGUAGGAUUGGCUAUUCUUCACCUCAGACCCUCACUGACCAGUCCAGCAUGAUCAAGCAAGGCAGCAAGGGAGACACCAGUGUCCUGCAGCCCACUCUGAUGGCAGCCGUCCCUGAGAUCAUGAAUCGCAUUUAUAAGAACGUGAUGGCCAAGGUGGAGGAGAUGACGUCUGUCCAGCGAAUGCUCUUCACACUGGCAUACAACUACAAACUGGAGCAGCUCAGCAAAGGUUACAGCACACCUCUGUGUGACAUAUUUGUCUUCAAGAAAAUUCGUUCUCUCCUUGGCGGUCGAGUACGGAUGAUGUUUUCGGGUGGCGCCCCACUUUCCGCUGCCACAGAACGCUUCAUGAAUGUGUGCUUCUGCUGCUCCGUGGGUCAGGGAUACGGCCUGACUGAGACCUGUGGAGCUGGAACUGUGAGCCAGGUGUGGGAUUACAGCUCGGGGCGAGUGGGACCACCGCUAAUUUGCUGUGAGAUCAUGCUUAAAGACUGGCUGGAGGGGAGUUAUCAUACUACUGACAAGCCAUAUCCCCGAGGAGAGAUUCUAAUCGGUGGUCCCAACAUUACAAUGGGAUACUAUAAGAACCACUCAGAAAACCAAAGCGAUUUCUUUGUGGAUGAGAAUGGACAACGCUGGUUCUGCACAGGAGACAUAGGGGAGUUUCAUCAUGACGGAUGCCUCAAGAUAAUUGAUCGUAAGAAAGACCUGGUGAAACUGCAGAGGGGAGAGUAUGUCUCCCUGGGAAAAGUGGAGGCCAUGUUGAAGAAUUGCGCUAUGGUUGACAACAUCUGCGCCUAUGCUAGGAGCAGCGAGACGUACGUGAUUGCCUUUGUGGUGCCCAAUCAGAAGCAGCUGCAGGCUCUGGCUAACCAGUAUGGCAUCAGCGGCUCACGGGAGGAGCUUUGCAACAACAAGGCUAUGGCCGAGCUGGUGCUUAAGGUCAUCGACAAAGCUGGCGUCGCAGCCGAACUCGUGAGCUUUGAGAUCCCUGGCAAGAUCCAUCUGAGUCCAGACCCUUGGACCGCCGACACUGGACUGGUGACGGAUGCAUUCAAGCUCAAGCGGAAGGAGCUGGAGGCCUAUUACCGGGAUGAGAUUGAGAAGCUGUACGGAGGGGAGUGAAGACAAAGGGUUAGGUAGCACACUCCCUACACAAACCCGGACCGAUCCUCAAAAAUUAUGGUGAAAGAAAGCUUGAGAGCACAUUGUGUAACCCAGGGCCACUCUUGGUGCUCCUACUUGAAUUUAUAGCUGCAUUAAGGCAGAAUCAUCGCUGAUUGUACAAUGGAGACGUUUCCAAGAGCCAUGUGUGCUGCUGUCUUUCCCCUAUCCAGGUGUACGACCUCUGUGUCAAGUGUUUUGUUGCUUCAGAUGGCAGUUAUGAAACGCUGACGGUGUCUGAUGAACUCUAGUGCCACGGCAAAAGAAUUUGAUUUUUUUUUCUCGCAGAAUUGUUUCUGCGAAUGUUUUUAAAGACGAUUAUAUUUCCCUGCAGGUCAGGUGACAGUAAGUGCUUUAUGCCCUGAAUGUUGACAGUGUAAAUGGUCUUUACUGUUCACAUGUAUCAUGCUUAUUAACACAUUACAAAACACUCAGAAUAUUUCAUGAAUACAUUUUAAUAGUGCCAUGUUGUGACGUUACUACACUCCCAGUUUGCAGCUAAUGGGGUUACUGUUAACAAAGAUAAACUGUGCACUUUACGAUGUACUGCACACUAGGGCUGCACGAUUAUGGCCAAAAUAAUGAUCAUGAUUAUUUUUUAUCAAUAUUGAAAUCACAAUUAUUCAUUGUUAGGUAAAACGGUGUUGGGAGUUGUGGGGCUGUUAAUAAAUGCUCCCUAUAUACCAGGGGUAGGGAACCUAUGGCUCUAGAGCUAGAUGUGGCUCUUCAAGAAAUAACAAUGUUAUUAAAAAGAAUUAGAGACUUAUUAUACUCUAAAAAUGUUGGUCUUACUUAAAAAAUGCACGCAUUUAGUUGUCCAUCCAUCCAUCCAUUUUCUACCGCUUGUCCCUAUUUGGGGUCGCUGGAGCCUAUCUCAGCUGCAGUCGGACCGUAGGCGGGGUACAACCUGGACAAGUCGCCACCUCAUCACAGGUCCAACACAGACAGACAACAUUCACACUCACAUUCUCACACUAGGGCCAAUUUAGUGUUGCCAAUCAACCUAUCCCCAGGUGCAUGUCUUUGGAGGUGGAAGGAAGGCGGAGUACCCGGAGGGAACCCACGCAGUCACGGGAAGAACAUGCAAACUCCACACAGAAAGAUCCCGAGCGCAGGAUCGAACCCCGGGCCUUUGUAUUGUGAGGCAGAUGCACUAGCCCCAUUGCCCACCGUGCUGCCCACAUUUAGUUGUUAAAAAAUAUGAUAUGGCUCUCACGGAAAUACAUUUUAAAAUAUUUGGCUGUCAUGGAUUCUCAGCCAAAAAGGUUCCCGACCCCUGCUAUAUCCACUACAUCUGGAAAGUAGUCACGGCACUUCACUGUUCCCACAUAUUAUGUUACAGCCUUAUUCCAAAAUGGAAUAAAUGCAUUUUUGUCCUCAAAAUUCAACAGACGAUAAUGAAAAUAUGUAAAGGUUUUUUAUUUAAUUUUGCAAAUUUAUAAAAAAAAAAAAAAAAAAACACACGUACAUAAGUACUCACAGCCUUUGUUCAAUACUUUGUUGAUGAACCUUUGGCAGCAAUUACAGCCUCAAGUCUGUUU